AUAUUUUGCCAGAAAAUAAUUGGGCUCUUCAUGAAAUGAAUGUAUAUAUUAUCACAGUUAAACUUUUUGAUAUUUAUCAUCAUCAGAUUUCCUUAUCAGAUAAUGUUUAUACUUAUGUGCAAUUUCCAUCUAAAAGUUUUCAUGUGAAUUAUUCAUCUCCAAAUGGUACAUAUCAUGUGGUUCAAGCUACAGUUGCUGGAUCUGGUUUUAUUAAUGCUUAUUUAGUUGGAGUUAAAAAUGAAAAUGGAGAAAAGGUUAAAUUUCAGCCAGAAAUACGGACUUCUCAACAAUAUAUUAUUUACCAAAGUUUGCAAAUUUUUCCGUCUGUGUUACUUUUGCCUUGGGAGUCUUCAAUUGAGAUUAAUCACACAGUUUCUUUUAAAGUUUUAGGAGGUAGUGGGUUUUAUAAAUGGUCUUCCACAGAUACUGAUAUUGGAAGCAUUAGCUAUUCAUCUGGUAAAAAAAGUAAUAUUGCUACUGUAGUCAUAAGAAAGAUAGGAGAAAUUAAUAUUACUGUGGCUGAUGCACAAAAUGAAUUUCUCCACAAUAUGGCUAAAAUAUCUGUUCAACCCAUUGCUGAUCUUGAAAUUAUGCCAACAAUAUUGGAAACACAAGUAAAUAAUGAUGUGAUUGUACCAGUUUCUUUGUAUGGCUAUGAAGAUGAAGCCAAAACAAAAUUUAAAGUAUUUGAUGAAUGUUCAAAAAUACCACUAAAUGUUGAAGUUGUAGAUAAAGCAAGAUUCACUUAUGUGAAAGAUACCGAAUAUGCACCGAUAGGGAGAGGAUGCCAAAGUCUUCAGUUUGUUUGUAAAUUUCCAGGCCAUUCUCGUAUAUUCGUUAAUUAUGGAAAUAAGCUAAAUACUACAACCAUAAUUGGAUGUAGCAAACCAUUAAAGCCUGUUUAUCCUGAACGUGUUGCUGUUGUUGCUUUGGGUUCUUUAUUAGAAGUUGCUUUUGAAGGUGGUCCUCGGCUCUGGCCUAUGUAUAAAAAAGGUUAUUAUGAUAAUUCACUGCAUAUUUUGCCAGAAAAUAAUUGGGCUCUUCAUGAAAUGAAUGUAUAUAUUAUCACAGUUAAACUUUUUGAUAUUUAUCAUCAUCAGAUUUCCUUAUCAGAUAAUGUUUAUACUUAUGUGCAAUUUCCAUCUAAAAGUUUUCAUGUGAAUUAUUCAUCUCCAAAUGGUACAUAUCAUGUGGUUCAAGCUACAGUUGCUGGAUCUGGUUUUAUUAAUGCUUAUUUAGUUGGAGUUAAAAAUGAAAAUGGAGAAAAGGUUAAAUUUCAGCCAGAAAUACGGACUUCUCAACAAUAUAUUAUUUACCAAAGUUUGCAAAUUUUUCCGUCUGUGUUACUUUUGCCUUGGGAGUCUUCAAUUGAGAUUAAUCACACAGUUUCUUUUAAAGUUUUAGGAGGUAGUGGGUUUUAUAAAUGGUCUUCCACAGAUACUGAUAUUGGAAGCAUUAGCUAUUCAUCUGGUAAAAAAAGUAAUAUUGCUACUGUAGUCAUAAGAAAGAUAGGAGAAAUUAAUAUUACUGUGGCUGAUGCACAAAAUGAAUUUCUCCACAAUAUGGCUAAAAUAUCUGUUCAACCCAUUGCUGAUCUUGAAAUUAUGCCAACAAUAUUGGAAACACAAGUAAAUAAUGAUGUGAUUGUACCAGUUUCUUUGUAUGGCUAUGAAGAUGAAGCCAAAACAAAAUUUAAAGUAUUUGAUGAAUGUUCAAAAAUACCACUAAAUGUUGAAGUUGUAGAUAAAGCAAGAUUCACUUAUGUGAAAGGUGAGUGA